AUGGCGCGUCUGAAUACGGCACCGACGGCGAGUGCCCCUCGUGUCUCACCGUCGCCCGACUCCUCGCACGCAGCAUCAGACGCUGAGGCAGCCCGCCAACUCAUCACAGAAGCGCACUUCGCCGAUACACAUCCGCCCUCUCCCGCCCUACUCCUUGGCGCGAAUCUGCUUAAUGCAGCGCGCGCCCACGCGAGUCAAAACCAAGGCAGCUCGAUGCGCGGCACGAUGCGCAAGAAUGGUGCAGGCAAGCUCAAGCGAGUAAGCGUCGUGCCCGAGGGUCCCAAGCAGAAUCUCGCCAGGCGGGGCGAUUUGUACGAGAUCGAGCUGAGCCCGGAGAAGGGCCACUACGCGCUCCCAGAGAAGGUGAACCAAAAGCCAUUGAAGAUCCGCAGGAAGAAGCCGGUAGCCGAGGAGCGUAGUGUUGCCCCGGGACUGUCGUCUGAUCUUCCUACACACCAUGUGCAAAGGUCGCACUUGGGGCAAGGCGAUGUGGCGGAACAUGUUCCCUCGACUGACCCAGGCAUACGUUCAUCUCCGCCUCAGAUUGCGCCGGCGCAGAGUGACAUCAUCGACGUUACUGGGACUGGAAACGAGACAUCUCCAGUCGAAGCAGAAGCACGCCCCACCGCACCUGAACAUGUACAAAUCGAAGAGACCCUUGACAACGGGAAGCCCAGGUGUACCGUUGUCUACUACAAGUACGACAAGAAGGCGGGCCCACACCACCAGCAAUGUCGGCGCCCAGCUACAGAUCGUACGGAUGAUGGCCCUACAUGCAGUAUUCACAUCAGCAGGAUCCCUGCUGUACAGUGUGGGGAGAUGGUAGUUUCCGAGGGUGUUAGUUCACAGUGCUACAGAACAGCUACUUCGCACAAUGCUAAUGGUGCGCGAUGUGCGGUGCAUGAGAACCAACAGGCAACGCCACGUGGGAAACGAAAAACAGCCUCACAUCAUGUCGACGAUGAGCCUGCGUCGUCAGCGAGGGAUGAUGCUCAUCCGCCAAACUCGCAAGAGCGGCGCCGCACUCGCACCUCGGCUCCCGUGCAGCCUCUAGCUAAGACGUUGACGAAACGGCGAAAGACUGCUGGCGAUACCCCUGCUAACAACACUCCUGUUGACGAUACUCCUGUUGACGAUACUCCUGUUGAGCCCAUCCAGCAGCUCCCCGCAAGGACGCGCAAGAGCGUAGACCGACCAAAAAACGUGCAAGAGUUGGUAGAAGCACCUGCUGAAUCAUCUGAAGAUGAGCAAUCAGAGUAUGAGCCGGAUGCUGACGAAGGCGCGCAUUCUACCGCUCAGGAUGAGGAGGCCCGGCCCACGGCUGACUUUCCUGAGGGCCUUGAUACCGUCUUUAAAUUUCUUGACCUCAAAGAGCGCCCGGAAACAUGCCAGACCAAGACUGGCACUGCAAUCAAACGUCUAUGCAAUACGUCUUGUGUGCACUUUGGUGAUAAGACAAUCUCCAUGGACACUGUCGUUGAAGAUGCAACUGAUAUACAAGUGACGCUUAAGCUCGUCACUUCCAAGAUUCGGAAGAAGCAUCAGCUUGCGUUCAAGAGUGAUGCAUAUGGCCACCUCUUUCGCUCGCUUACCCUAUAUCUUCGAGCGUUGUAUGUCUGGUUACUCGACACUCACGGUGCUGUGACAGAGUCUCUGGAAGCCAUGCGCGUAGUGGCGCCAUUCAUGUGUGAAAUGCUAGCUUUCAAGGACACAAUUGCCCAGUGGAAUGUCGCGGUACCGCAGCAGCGCAAAGGAGACCGAAUCAUCAAAGAUGUCGAUAGCCUACUGAUCGCCCCUCUGCGACAAGUGAGCAAGUCGUUCAACGUUCGCCUGAGUAAACUUGAGGAGGUGCUGCAACGUCACAAGGAGCAAGCUGCACUGGAGCGCAAAAUGAAAGAAGCCUGGGACACAGAGAAUGCAAGGAUUGAAGCUGCCAAGGCAAUAGAAGCACGAAAGAAGCGUUGGCAAAACCUUCAUAUCGUGCGCAUGCAAUGCGAGCCUGAUGUGUACAAGAGACGCAAUCUCUUCCACACCAGCUUUGAAGACGUGGUAGAAAGGGACGCGAAUGGCGUCGUGUUCGAACGCCUGCCGGUCUUCAGGCCCCGCUCGACUCCGCCACACAGUCAAAUGUCCGAGUCCGCUGACGAGGUUGAAUGGAGUGAAGCGGAAGAGACUGCUCUCCUCGAAGGCUUGCAGGAAUUUGCCGGUAAGCCAGGGAACUUCCGCGUUACGAUGUCACAGUCGGUUGCUAACAGGCAGUUUAGGCCCAAAUGUCUUUGA